ACUUUAAACCUUCGAUGAAACUAGUGGAUUGCAUGUUCAACUUGUAUGUUAAUAAUGACAAUGAUCUUAUAAAUUUUAUGAAUAGUGUAUUGCAAUUAUCAGCACAGUUAAAAAAACUGGCCAAAUUAGCGGAAGUAAUCAAUGUUACUAACGAAACUGAAAUAAAAUAUUUAGAUCACAAUUUUGAAGAGUUUCGAAUGGAAUGUGAUAAGUUUGAUAAGGAGAUUUCCAAAAUAAAUUAUAAAAAUAACUUUGAACCAAAUACUGUGGAUAAUAUGGAAACGGAUUUAGACACUAUAAAUCAAGUAAAUGAAGUAUUUUGUAAUCUUAGAGAGAUUAUACAAUCGCUAAUGGAUAAACAAUUAUUUCCUUAUAAUGCAAGCUCUUUGAUUAUGAGAAUUAAAAAAGUGGAAGAGAUGCUUAAUAGUUUAGAUGAUUAA